AUGUCUCUGUUUCCGUCGUUCUCUCUCCUUCUUCUGAGUGUGGUGACAACAUCUUAUUCAGCAAUAGAACCUGAUGAGAGCCUUCCAAAAACCUGCCCUGUGGUCACCUGCGCUUCUCCGGGUUUGCCAGGCAGAGAUGGGCGUGAUGGCCUCAAGGGAGAAAAAGGAGAACCAGGCCAAGGGCUCAGAGGCAUUCAAGGUCCCCCUGGAAAGUUGGGACCUCAAGGAAAUCCAGGACUCCCUGGGCUACCAGGAAGUAUGGGCCAAAAAGGAGACCCUGGAGUAUGUCCAAAGUGUGAUGAUGACCUGGCUCUUUUAGAAAGAGAAGCUCUGCGCUCAGAAUUGGAUCGUGUCAAAAAGUGGCUGACCUUUGCUCUGGGCAAAAAAGUUGGAAGGAAGUUGUACUUGACCAAUGGUCAAAGGACGACCUUUGACAGAGCGAAGGCACAGUGCUCCCAUUUCCAGGCCUCCAUGGCCGUCCCCAUGAAUGCUGAAGAGAACGAGGCCAUCAUGUAUGUCACCAAAGGAGAUGCCUUCUUGGGCAUCACAGACAAGGAGACAGAAGGCCAUUUUGUGGAUCUGACAGGAAGGCCUUUGACCUACCAAAAUUGGAAUGCUCAUGAGCCCAACAAUGCCAACUCUGGGGAAGAUUGUGUGAUAAUCCUUCCUGAAGGCAUGUGGAAUGAUGUCAGCUGCUCAUCCUCCCAUUUGGUAGUUUGCGAGUUCGAGUUCCCUGUCUGA